CAAGGUUAACCUUGAAACGCUGAUAAACACUCGUCUUGAAUUUUGUGAAAAUUUGAGUAACCCACUUGUACUUGUAUAUUCAGCUAAAUACAGUUUAUUUUAAGCAUAUGAAGUAAAUUAAUUAUUAAAAUUUAUAUUUGGAUUUAAAUUCAGGUCAUGUCUGAUUCAAACAACACAGCGUUCAAAACAGCCAUUAGGAGAGCGUGCAGUAAUGUUCUUCCGAUGAAACAGCUAAAGGUGUUUGGUGUUGUUUGUUUGGAAAAGGACAAGGAAAAAGAACAGACGCUGAAAAUUGACAUCAACAUAAAUAACAACGAAGAGGUCGGCGCAGGUCAAUCUCAGCAGAGUGUCGAAAAAAAUCACAGAGUUAGUGCGGAUACUACUGAACUGUCGACGAAAAUUUGGAUGUUCGCUAAAAGGUUAAUCAGUUAUACAAAUCAGUUGAAAGUGUUUGGUAUUAUCUACAUAUCGCAUAGAACAACCGAGUAUUAUAUCACUCUUAAUCACAGUGUAGGUGAUAAGCCUGUCACAACUGGGAGCGUAAAACGCAGUGUCGGUCAAACAAUUAAAGAAAUCAAAACCGUAACUGAAGACGUUAUCCCUCCAAAAGGCAAGAAGCUAACAAUGAAUGAAGACAAAGAAAUGCAAGAUAAGUCUCUUUGCACUGGGAGCGUAAAGCGCAAUGUCAGUCAAAAAACAGAAGCAGGCAAACAACAACCUGUAACUAAAGACGUUUACCCAACACAUAUCAAGAAGCCAACACAGAAAGAGUACAAGGGAACACAAGAUAAACCUUUCCGCACUGAGAGCGAACAAACAGUGAACAAGCAAGAGAAAAACUGUAACAUGGGAAACAGAACAUUUAUCUCACCUAAGUUUAAAGAGCCAAACAAGAAAUUUCGACUUCAGACAGAGCAUGGUAUAAUAGAGGGGUCGGAAGAUACUAUGCAGUUUGUGCAUGUGCAUGACGAAUCCAAAACUGCUGAGACAGUAAGAAAUGAAUAUGGUGAUUAUAGCACUACAAUCACAACACCGAGUAGACCCGUAGCAGCAACAAAUGUAAACAUGAAAAGAAAAAGUACGAGCCAGGUUGAACAAGUUGGAGCAACAAUCGGUAAAAAAAUAAAGCAAGAAAGAUCUGGAGAAAUGAAUAAGGUUAAACUUACGUGUCGGAAGUGCAAAAAGAAGAUAUUGUACAGCAAGAAAUGUAUGAUAAAACAUAUUAAAGUAUGCGCCAAUGUAUGUGACCUGGAUGCACUAGGAUAUAUCAUUAAAGGAUAAAUAACUGGGCCUUUUUCUUGACAAUUUCUGAAAAAAAUAAUCACACAUGCUGAAGAACCUGCAUGCAUCUUCAGUGGUUUUCUAUUGAAUUACUAAUAUUUAAAGUUGCUCACAGUACGUAAACUACUUUUCGUUAUUCAUGGUAAAAGAGAUAAGUUUGCAACACAGCGGUCAAAAUGUGCCCAAAACGCCUUUUAGUGUCACCUGCCUUGCCUCUUUGGAUUAGCUUGAAACCUUCCUGUUUAAGAUCUUCAUAUACAUAAAGCUUUGACGUGUAAAUAACCAGACAUAUAUGUACUAUUUUAUUGUAACGUUUUAUGAUAAAUCUAUCUUACUUUUUUGACUGUGACAGUUUCCCAAACCAGUUUCAAGAUGUGACAAUUAUUAAGUAUUUCUAGCUUAUGUUAAGCUGAGACUAAAUGAUAACUUUAUUCAAAACUUGAAUGAAAAACAACAAAAGCAUUGUUUUAGAAUAAUAGUGCUUGACUUAAAACUUAUGCAAUAUUAAAAAAAAUAGAAUGAUAUAAGAUCCUAUAUCUUUUGAUCAGAGGAAUGUAAUAUUUGUCAAGUCUUAUAAGAAGAAUAUCAUUUUGUUCUAGUCUGAAGUCUUUAUUCUGCUAAUAGACGUUAAUAUAUACCCCUAUUUUUUAAAGGCGUAGAUAAAAUAUGCAAAGGUUUAUUAAAUAAGUUACAUCUGAUAAAGAGGAUCUCAGUUUAUACGUUCACAAUACAGUUUUAGCUAGUUGACACAUUAAUGUAUAAGUAUGAUAAGUCGAUUCAUUUUUAUCAUGUUACGUUUUUUAUAUUGUAUUUUUAGUGAAUAACAUACAUGUGUGAGAGACAUACUAGUUAACUUUUAUAUAGACUUCAUACUUUUGAGCUUUAAGAAUAUAGUUAAACUAAUCUGUUAGUUAUAAUUCCAUUUUUUAGUAUAUACGGUUGCUAAAGUAUAUUUAUAUGUAUUAAAAAUAUCUAUUCAUUUCAACAAUUACUUUGUGUCUGUGUUGUGACUAUAUAUUUAUUGUUCUCUAAAAUAGUUUGCCAAAACUGUUCUUAAUCUAAUCUCAUUUAAUUUCAUUAAGGUGACAAUAAUAUAUUUAAAGAUUAUGACAUUUUAUUCUUAGUAUGGUAAUGUGUGGAACUAACACACUCGCGAUGUGCCCAUUGUUUAACGGCCAGUUGUCCUCGUCAUUUGUUUCUGAAUACUCAGCAUAUUGACAUUUAACUAUGCCUGUUCGGCAUACUGGACAAUUGUUAUUUGCAGAUGCUGUCAUGAGUGCAUAUAGUAAUAUUUCCACAGGAAAGGUAAAUUACAUCCGCAACGCGUUCAAGACAAAUCUUGCAAUUUCGUCUUUAGAUAUUUUUAUUUAUUCUUGGAAUGUCUGAAUCUCAUCAACAUUUUCGUUGCGUUUUUUUCAUUCACGCUAUGAUUCAUCGCCAUACUUUAGUUUUUUCCAUCUCCAUCAAAAUGGAUUACAGGUCACUCGCGCGAAAUUGAGCGAUUUGACAUUUCCUCUCCGUCUGUGUAUAUUAGCUGAAAUGCCUUUCCAACCCAUAUGGUUACCAAACGGCGCUGCUUUCAUCGCCGCUUUCUGGCGAAUUGAUUCGUGUUCAUAUAAGUUAGAAAUGGUUUUUACUUUUUUUUCAAAGUAAAGUCACAAAAUACCAAAAUAACAAAGCUUGUCUUUUCCUGGUAUUUCUGUUACGACAUUGCUUGUUGUUUACCCAUUUCUUUUUUGUCAACGUACGUUUUGCCUUUACAAAUGAUCAUACGCUGGCAUGUCAGAUACAAUCUGCAUGGUCAUACAUUGGAUCGUCACAAUUUCAAAGUUAUUUAGCCCGCCACCUCAGUGGUAGCAACGAAGUGAAUCGCCCACACCUGCAAUACAUAUGAAAAUUAAAUGAACAUUUUGACAAUGAAAACGAUGUAAAAUAAAACGCAACCAAAAGAAACAGACCAAUUCCCGAGUACAGUGGCCCGGCGAAACCAAAUCCCUGACCUUAACGGGAGUAUUGACUGGCGAUGAUGUUGAAUAUUAUGUGAAUGGCUCGUCCUGUAGGUAUUGUAUACCAAGCAAACGUUG